AUGGAGGUGGACAACUAUUUCACGCACGUCAGGAGGCUGAUGAUGGUCAUCGGGAUCUGGAAAGUCGACAGUCCGGACAUCUCCAUUUUCCGGAAACGUAUCUACCAAGCGUACUCGGUGUGUUUCCAAUUAUUCUGUUAUUCGGCUGCAUUUUCGCUACUCGCAGAAAUACCGUCGUUGGUCAACUCCGACCUGGCGUCUGCGGUGGACAACGCGAACAGGUUCAUCAUGUACGCGUCGCACAUUAUCAUCAAAAUGAUCGCGUGGCAAUCUAAACGCAUGGUCGACCUGCUUGGAAUUCUCUUGCAGCAAAAUCAGUAUAUGCAGGAGGCAUCCCGCAAGGAUCUCCACAUACGCCGAUUGUAUCUAAGGCACGCUAGGUUCAACUACAAAAUUAUGUUCAUCCUGUUCGGCUCUGGAACUGUCAUAACAGUUAGCCUUCCUAUUGCUGGGUUGAUGGAAAUUUAUAAAUUCAUGCAAUCGCCGGAGAGCGUUAACGCCACAGAAAAGCCGCUACCCAACAGGUACUGGUACCCUUUUGACCGAAACAAACACUACGUUGUCGCCUUGGUGGACCAAAGUAUCAGACCGACGCUUAGUUGUUUGUGCGCGAGUGUGACGAGCGCGUCUCUGAACUCACUCGCCAUAUUCGUGAGGGCUCAGUUAAAACUGUUGCAAUACCGUUUCCAGCACUUUCAUCAGCGGGAAGAAGAAGCUUUCGCCGCUCUGAAGCGGUUGUGCGUCAGACAUCAACGUUUGAUAGAAUGCACCGUCGAGUUCAGCGAAUCGCUCAAAUACAUAGUGAUGAUAGAUUAUACAGUUUGCUCGGCUACAUUCGCGCUGGUGAUCCUCCAGAUCACAGCGGGCGAAGACGUAAUAACUAGUCUGGCCGUAUUAUCUUUCAUCACGCUUCAAUUGAUCGCGUUUUCCUGGAACUGUAACGAAAUCAUACUGCAGAGCAAGGAAAUGACGAACGCACUGUUCGAAAGUCACUGGUACGAUCAGGAUCAGGCUACGAAAGUGCUGGUCCACAUAAUGAUGAUGCGAUGUCAGAGGCCUCUGAGCGUGCACAUCGGUUGGAUGGGGGUGAUGGAUCUGGAAGCCGGAAUGUCGAGGCUGAAGCUGGGUUAUUCCUACACCUCUAUCAUGAAGAACUAAUUCUAGUGUCAUUCGGCUGUAAACAAACAAAUAUACUGCGGAUAUUGAGGGUGGACAAUUAUAUAUAUUCCAAUAGUAAACAAUUAACAUACUGCCGUUUGAAAUUUAGAAUUUUUUAAAACAGCAGGUACUCCAUCAAUGUAGAAGAAUUGCCUCGUUUUCCUCCAUCUAUCCAUUGGAGUACUUUAUUUUUCGAAACCCUCUCUUCCCAGGAUAUCCUUCGUCCAGGGAAUCUUGAAAAAAAAAAAACACCCCUUUUGUCUGCUCUCUGUUCUCCUAAGUCUGUUCUCUAUAAUGGACACCUGAAAGUUUUCGAAACGCGAUAACAUUCAAAAGUUUGGAAGAACGAGAUCAAAUUUUCAACCGUUCUAAUACUGGGCGAUGCGCAGUGGCAUUCAAAAUAUGGGGGCGAUUCGACAUCCGCACUCAAUUUUUUCGCGGAAAAUCACAGUGAAACGACGUGUCGGAAAUUUCGAGUAGCUAGAUGGAACCUAUUUAGGAUAGGCUGGAUUGAAACUUCCGAAGUAUUUUGCUUUAAAUUUUUGAAUUUUUUUUUUCGCUACCGAAAAAACGCAAUUUUCCAGAAUAUGGAGGAGGUUUGG